CUUUCCACUGGUGCAAAAUGUCUCGCAGUCUUUCUGAAGCCAACGGACGUUGUUGACCGAAGCAUCUCUCUUUUGUUUUUUUUGGAAUCAGCUGCUGUGCCAGUGCAGGAUAACAAUCGGCACGUGAACCGGGUUAAAUAGCAAACCCAGGUUUUAUUCUGACAGGGACACAGAUGGGAUAUUUCCAAAUCCCAGGAUUUGAUUCGCUCUAAGUGACGGACAGGACCCAAAGGUGCACUCAACCUGUCCAGUGGGGGAGAAGAAGGGGACACUGUUGUUGUUUUCGAAGAAGAAGAAGAAUAAUAACCCGACAGAUGUGCUGAGAUGAAAACCACUGCCAACAUCUGUUCGAGCUGAAGGUGGAGCGGGGGUUUUCGGGGGGCUCUCUGUGAGGCUCUUGUCUUCUGCGACGCAGCGAGGAGGAUGGUCUUUGCCCUACAUGUGAUUGUCAUGUCUUCGGCAUUUUUCAACCCCAGCUUCGCCUUCAGCUCUCACUUUGACACAGAUGGGGCUCCGCUGAGCGAGCUGUCAUGGCCUUCAUCACUGGCGGUGGUAGCUGUCUCCUUCUCUGGCCUCUUCACCUUCGUCUUCCUCAUGCUGGCCUGCCUCUGCUGCAAGAAGGGAGACAUGGGCUUCAAGGAGUUCGAAAACACAGAGGGAGAGGAGUACCAGGCAGAUCUCUCCGUCCUGGCCUCGCCUUCCGCCCAGAAUGGCCCAGAGGUCUACAUCCUUCCCCUCACUGAGGUCUCCCUGCCCGUCUCCAAGCAGCCUGGCAGAUCCAUCCAGCUGCUGAAAUCCUCAGACCUUGGCCGCCAUAGUCUUCUAUAUCUAAAGGAGAUUGGACAUGGUUGGUUUGGCAAGGUUCUGCUGGGCGAGGUCAAUGCGGGUCUCAGCACUACCCAGGUGGUGGUGAAGGAGCUGAAGGCCAGUGCCAGUGUCCAGGAUCAGAUGCAGUUCCUGGAAGAGGUGCAGCCAUACCGGACCCUCCAGCACCCAGCCCUCCUGCAGUGUCUGGCACAGUGCUCCGAGGUUACUCCCUAUCUGCUGGUCAUGGAGUUUUGCCCUCUGGGUGAUCUGAAGAGUUACCUCCGCGGUUGUCGAGUUGCUGAUUCCGAGACUCCCGACCCUUUCAUACUCCAGCGAAUGGCUUGUGACAUUGCCUCAGGGCUUCUUCACCUCCACAAAUACAACUUCAUACACAGCGACUUGGCCUUGCGAAACUGCCUGCUAACUUCAGAAAUGUCUGUGAAGAUCGGAGAUUAUGGCUUUUCUCACAGCCGAUACAAGGAUGACUACUACGUUACGCAAGACCAGAUUUGGGUGGCCCUGCGCUGGAUUGCGCCUGAACUCAUAGACGAGGUCCACGGAAACCUGCUGGUUGUUGACCAAACCAAAAGCAGCAACAUAUGGUCACUGGGGGUGACUGUGUGGGAGCUGUUUGAGCUGGGAAACCAGCCGUACAGACACUACUCCGACAGACAGGUGCUGACAUAUGCUGUGAAGGAGGAGCAGCUCAAACUACCCAAACCCCAUCUGCAAUUCCCCCUGGCUGAGCGCUGGUAUGAGGUGAUGCAGUUCUGCUGGCUUCAGCCCGAGCUGAGACCCAGUAGCGAGGAAGUACACCUCCUGGUCACAUACCUCUGUGCCAAAGGCUCCAGUGAAGCCGAAGAGGACUUUGAACAACGCUGGAACGCCUUGAGACCCAACCUGCUUGGCAGUACCUUUCACACGGCCACGUCCACGGCCCUAAUCCUGACCCCUUCCCCCCCACCAGCUGACGUCUCUGGUGCAGACCAAACACAGGCAGUGGAGCUGGCCUCCUCUGCAUCGUCCUCCUUCCCCCUCCUGGAACACUUCAAUGACAGCUACCACUCAGACACCGGGGACGACCUACUGACCGUGACAGAGACCAGCCAUGGUCUCAACUUUGAGUACAAGUGGGAACUGGCUCGAGCCGAGCAGCCGUACUGCUCUUCCUCCACCAGUGGGCCACUGGGCCAGGGGAACCCAUAUUACCAGGAUAUUUAUUAUUCAAGCCAAGGAAGCACCUCAGGAGGCUGCAAUACUGACAGCCUGACCUCAGGUAUAUCCCUGUCUUAUUACGAACCCGAACACCCAGGUGUGGUCCCAGUGUUGAGUGCCCACAGCCCCUCCGUCAGCAGUGAGUACUAUAUUCGCAUAGAGGAACCAGUUGAAUGUAACAUUAACCUGGAUGACAGCAUUGUGGACUACAGCCCAGGACUAGAGGCCAGCAACAGCAGGUUGUCCUCUGAGAGUCGGACUGGUUCAUCCAUGGCACAGCCCAGUGCUUACUGGUCAACUGCUGACAACGCUAAAUCUGCUGCCUACGACUCUGAUUCAAGCCCCACUGUUAAACUAACCAUCGACCCACUGCUGCGACAGGCACCCAGCGCAAGCCCUGUAAAGGUACGCCACUCCCACAGCCGCAUCUCAUCCAAUCAGGAGGACGCGAUCUACUGUGAACAGUCUUCAGCAUACAAAACAUGCCGGCAAGCCCGUCUGUCUGAACCGGACAACUCACCAGAGACAAACCAUGUGCAUCCGGUGGGGCGGCUGGAAAACACACGCAGUUUGUCACAUGCAGUAAGCAGCCCCAGCUUAGGCUUCUGCGAUCCCUACCUUGAAGCAAGCACCGGACGUAGCACAGUUAAUGACAGCUGUCCUAAUAUGAUGGGUCCCCUCACAAAGACGCUACCCAUUGUUAACCACAUUAGUAUUGAUGUAGAGGCAGACGACGGCCUGCUGGUGGCCCAGCGGAGAGGUGAAGACAUUGAGGAUGACCUUUUCUCAGACAGUGGUAACUGGACCUCAAACCAUUCAGCGAACAACAAUAGCUUGACUUUUGAAAGCAGACAGACAGAGAGCGGGCAAGACGGUUAUCUGGACCUUCCCUAUAUUUCCCAUUCUAACUCAACAGAAUUAUGGUCUUUAACCAAGGCCACCACCAAAACCUUCCAGAGCUCCAUGUCUACUGGGACUCUGGAGGCAGGAGUAGGAGACGCUGGUUGUAAUGCUUGUAGCGAGCCCACUGAAUUGAGUUCCUACAUUCACUUAUGUCACAAAGAAAGAGAUGAAGCUGCCACUCCAAUGGAAAGGAGCUUCACUGCAGGAAAUAGAAGAAAUAUCGAUUCUCAUACCAGCUCCAGUGUAAAUUCCAGAGGUACAGGUCGCGGAAUAGUGAAUGGGAAAUAUGAAAGGCAAUUGUUUCGUAAUGGAGACAGACUGUACUCUGAGCCUAAGAUGAUACCUGAGACAAGCUAUGUAAAGUCCCCAUCCUCUUUCAAGGAUCCUCAGGCUGGUCAAACAGGAGCCUUGUCAGACAAACACAGGGCUAACAUGUGGGAAGGGGUUUCAUCAGGAAUAUCUCUUGGUCUUGGAGACAAGAGGCUAAACUGUCCAGAGACAUUGGAAAGCGGCAGAGCUCGGGAUGGUAAAGUGAGGGUUAGAGAAUCCAGCGUCAGCCUGAUUGAGAUUGGCGACUACAGCGAGGACGACGAUGACGACAUUACAGAUAUUACAUCAGGUAUCUUUGCCGACUUCAAUCUAGAUUUUGCUGAGGUAGAGGAGGACGAGCUAAGCCCAUUGAAGAAUCUGAAGGGAACCCCGGACUCUGUGGACACCCUUAAUCUGUCCUCAUCGAUGGCAAGCCACAGUGAUCAGGCCUUCAGCCCCGACCCCUUUAAUACCCCCAUCUUGCCCAAAUCCCUGGACAGUGGCUAUGACACUGAGAACAACGAAUCUCCAGAGUUUCUUUUCAAAGAGCUUGGAGAUCCACGAGGUGGUGAUAGGAGCCCGAGCCUGGCUGGAGACCCUGAAUUUAUACAGCAGGUGGGUUUAAGCCAGGGUGUCUGCACUUCCAACAACACCUCAGAGCUACAGUUAAAAAGCCUGACUGAUAAGAACCCGUACAGGGACUCGGCCUAUUUCUCCGACUAUGAUGCUGAAAAUGAGAGGAGCCCUCAAGAGGAAGGCAGUAAGUUCUUUGCAGGUCCAACUAACCACGAAUUCCACACUGAGAAAUUCAGAGAUGACGAUCCAUUCAAGAGGAAAUUCAAUAAAGAAGAGAACUUAACAAAUCUGAGACACAUAAAAAGUUGUGCUGCGGUGAAUCUCUCCGAGGCUGGCCCAAGCUCACCCCAUCCCCUUCUCACCCCCGGGCUGUCAAUGCUAACACCGUUCCCUCCGCAGAUGGGCGGCUGCCUGACCAAAGAGUCCGCCCCCGCAGAAGAUGACCUCGGACUGGGGACAGAGCACUCAGGAGAGGAGCCUUCCUCGGAGCUCAGCGCCUCCAUUGUGUCCGAACCGUCUUCCACUGUCCAGGAGGCCUCGGCUAACCACGUGGAAGGGAACAGAAGAGGGAACAAUUACUCCCCUGUCCGGUCUCUAAAUUCUGACUCCACCAUAACUGAUUGCGGAGACGAAGCCGCCAAUGAAAAUGAAAAUGGUGACGGCUCCACAGAGGAGGAGGAGCUGCCCGAAUUCAAUCACAUCAGGGAGGAGACUGAGAACAGGAGGGCGGGCGUGACUAUAAAUGAGGACGAUUUUGAGGACAUCGAUGCAGAGGAGUGCGACUCACAGGACAGUAUAUGCGAAGAAUCCAACGGACCUGUUGUCCUGUCGACCUCCUCAUCGCUGCUGGAGCUGUGUGGAGAAAAUGUAAGAGCGCCACUGGAAGAGGCGGAGGAUGAGGAUGACUCCGACGACAGCGAGUCCGAUGAAGAGUUGAGGACCUACAACAUCCAGGAUGAAGACAGCGACGAGAGUGAGGAGGAAUUCACCACAGUGCCGGUGGUGGUAAGCGACUGCAGCAGGGCCCGACACCUCCGCAGCCUCCUAAAGAUGCCCCCCCUGCUCACCCACUCCUGUGACGAGUUAGAGAGGAAGAAAAAAGCGGUGUCCUUUUUUGAUGGCGUCACGGUGUUCCUUUUCGACCAGGAGAGUCCCACAGGAGAGCUGGCCGACUUCACCUUCUCCACAGGAACGGAGGAAUCUCCAGAGUUAAACGCCUCUGACCAUCAGCCACAUCCUGACCCUGAACUUGAAGCCCAGGCCGGUGAGACACUAUGUGACUCUGAAGAAACUGACGGGAGCUCAGAAAAGGAUGGUAGUUAUGAAUGGGAAGAUGACCUUUCAUUUGAUCCCCGUCCGUCUUCACCUGACACCCUCCCAGAGCCCCAGUCCUCACCCACAUCCACCUCCAACAGUCCCGAGGCUCCCAAACCUGCAGCUGUGGCACUCAACCGUUUUAUGGUCUCGCGAUUCUCCAUCACACACGUCUCUGACUCCCACAUAGACUCAGCAACAGGCGGCGGUGAACAUAAUCCAAAAGACUGAGUGCUCCCGUGGUCCUGACCGGAGGAGGCCGAGUCCUGGUCCUUCUCAACACAUGAAAAGCAUUAUUAUUGUAUUCAGAUGUUUUACAGAGUUUUUAUUUUUAUUGACGUUUGGGGCAUCUGACUGCGGAGACCUUCCCCGAGACGGUGCCUCAUACUGUAGUGAAACACUGUUGAUGAUUUGCACACUUUGUUCUUUAUUUCAGUUCUAUGAUGAGAGAGAGAGAGAGAGAGAGAGAAAGCUGCUGGUAUGGCAACCAGGGAAACGGAUACACAAUCUGAUUCUAUUGUAUGCAGAAAAAAAACAAAACAGCAUUCAAGUACAGUACAAUAACCUGUGCUCAGUGCAGCGUCGCUUUGUGUCGGUCACCUCACAGAUCCUAUAAUUUAUGAAUUUAAAAGAAAAUAAAUUAAAAAUAAGUAAUGACACGCCAGGCUUCCUUGCUGCUCCUCUCAUUGGCUGCCUUGGUCUAUCUGCUUAACACGAAGCUGGCAUUUUAUUAAGACUGUUACAACUUUAAUGGUUGAAGCCAGAAGACAAUGGUUCGUGAGCGUUGCAUAAGAUGCUGUUCUAAAAUCGGACUCUUUUUAAACAGUCGUGGGUGGUGGUGAUGGUGUUUGAUGGUGGAGGCGCUUAAACAUGAUUUGUCUCUUAGUUCAAGUCGUAUCUGAAUCAUACUAAUGGUGGGAAAAUAUUAUUUAUAAUAUAACUAGGUGUUGUCACUCCCUGAUUAUCACCACCACGCACUCCGGUUGAUAAUGACGGACUGUGUUGUCUAAAGUUACCAUAUCUGUCCGAAGCACUUUUCUCAAGCCAAACUUGGGUCUGUAUUUAUAGAAGUGAUGGCUGUGUUGCUCAGCAUCUCGCCCCCCCCCACCCUGGAAUGAAGUAUCUAAACAUGUGAGAUUCCCCCACUCGCGUCCACAGUGCCAGCUGCAGGUUCACUUUAUUUUUGUGGCACAUCAGCUUUGUUUAGGUUGCAUUUCAUCAGCAAUAGAAUGACACCCAAAAGGGACGGAUUCGGGUGUCACGUCAACGUGCCAGUCAUAAAUGUUGAAUGUCAUCUUUAUGCAUUUUGUUCUACAUCUACGUAUUGUCCACAACCUCAUACAUAAUGUAUUCUAUUCCAGUUGUGCCGAAUGCCUGGGUCUGAGGUGUACACAAAAAAAGAAAGACAUUCAAAAUAAGACAUAUCUCACAUAUUGUAUGAAUGUUAUAUCAACAUGUAGCAGGUAGCUUGACUUGAAUUACUACUGCUGCAUCGACGGCUCCUUCCCCCUCUCUACGCUUCUGCAGCUUAAAGUGCCAAUCCCGUUCCUUGUCACCUUGCCUUUUUACGUUCUGCAGGAAGAGAGAACUUUGCUGUCGUAUUUUUUUGUACAAGCAUUUGAAGGGAUGCAAUCCGGGGUGAUGGUCUCUCUCUCAAAUUUGCCAAAGAGAUACUUCAGAGCCCAUUGGCUAUAAAGUGGCGGACACAUUUUAGAGAAGGUGAGGUGGGUUGUUCUAUGCACCAGUAGUAACAUCAUCGCUGUUUCCAUUUCUCCCUCACUUAUGGCUAUUGUACUAUCCCAAACAAAUAAAUCCAAAUACUUUUUC